CCCUGUCUAAAGGAAAAAAAAAAAAAAAAAAAACAUAUCCUGAACAAAGGAUCCUCCAUAAUGUUCCCACCAGAUUUCUAAUCAGAAACAUGGAGGACAGAAAGCAGUGGAGGACGACGACCCUCAGGCAGCCCUGGAGGAUGUUGUCACAGGCUGGGGCAAGGGCCUUCAGGCUACCAACUGGGAGCUCUGGGAACAGCGCUGUUGCAAACAAGAAGCCAUGGCCAGGCCGGAGCCCAGGAAUGUGGGCUGGGCUGGGAUCCAGGUGACAGCUUUGAGGCUCACUGGGAGCAGCCUCUGGACAGGAGAGGUCCCAUCCAGGAAACCUCGGGCAUGGCUGGGAAGCGCGGUGCUGGGUGCCGGGUCUGUAUGUGUGUGUGAAUGGUGUGUGUGAGAAUGUGUGCCCUGAGUGUCAGUGUGUGUGUACAUGUGAAUAUUGUCUUUCUGUAGGUGAUUUUGUGGGUGUGUGAUCGUGUCCCUGCAAGUGUGAACAAGUGGACAAGUGUCUGAGAGUGGACAAGAGAUCUGUGCACCAUCAGGUGUGUGCAUAGCGUCUGUGCAUGUCAAGAGUGCAGUGUGAAGUGAAGGGACCAGGCCCAUGGCGCCUCUCAUCAUCAGGAGCUCCCUAAGGCCCCAGGUAAGUGCCAGUGACAGAUAAGGGUGUUGAAGGUCACUCUGGAAUGGGCAGGUGGGGGUAAGGAAAGGGCAAGGCCAUGUUCUGGAGGAGGGGUUGUGACCACAUUAGGGUGUAUGAGCCUAGCUGGGGGGUGGAUGGCUAGGCCCACUGAAACCCUGCUUAUCCCAGAAUCCUGUGUGGGCUUCGGGAGCUUGGAGUGGGGAGAGGGGGUGACUUCUCCGACCAGGCCCCUCCACCGGCCUACCCUGGGUAAGGGCCUGGAGCGGGAAGCAGGGGCAGCCUCUGGAGCAGCCCUUACCCACCCUAGCCUGACCCUGCCACCCACUGGCAGCACAGUCAACACAGCAGGUUGGCUCACAGCAGAGGGCAAAGGCCAUCAUCAGCUCCCUUUAUAAGGGAACGGUCAUGCACUCGGUGUGCUGAGAGUGUCCUGCCUGGUCCUCUGUGCCUGGUGGGGUGGGGGUGCCAGGUGUGUCCAGAGGAGCCCAGUGGGCAGUGAGGCAGCCAUGGGGCUGGAUGCACUGGUGCCCCUGGCCGUGAUAGUGGCCAUCUUCCUGCUCCUGGUGGACCUGAUGCACCGGCGCCAACGCUGGACUACACGCUACCCACCAGGCCCCCUGCCACUGCCCGGGCUGGGCAACCUGCUGCAUGUGGACUUCCAGAACACACCAUACUGCUUCGACCAGUUGCGGCGGCGCUUCGGGGACGUGUUCAGCCUGCAGCUGGCCUGGACGCCGGUGGUCGUGCUCAAUGGGCUGGCGGCCGUGCGCGAGGCGAUGGUGACCCGCGGCGAGGACACCGCCGACCGCCCCCCUGUGCCUAUCACCCAGAUCCUGGGUUUCGGGCCGCGUUCCCAAGGCAAGCGGCGGGGUGUUCCUGGCGCGCUAUGGGCCCGCGUGGCGCGAGCAGAGGCGCUUCUCCGUGUCCACCUUACGCAACUUGGGCCUGGGCAAGAAGUCGCUGGAGCAGUGGGUGACCGAGGAGGCUGCCUGCCUUUGUGCUGCCUUCGCCAACCACUCCGGUGGGUGAUGGGCAGAGGGGCACAAAGCGGGAACUGGGAAGGCGGGGGACGGGGAAGGCGAUCCCUGACCCGCCAUCUCCCGCCCCCAGGACGCCCCUUUCGCCCCAACGGCCUCCUGGACAAAGCCGUGAGCAAUGUGAUUGCCUCCCUCACCUACGGGCGCCGCUUCGAGUACGACGACCCUCGCCUCCUCAGGCUGCUGGACCUAGCUCAGGAGGGAUUGAAGGAGGAGACGGGCUUCCUCCGCGAGGUGCUGAAUGCUGUCCCCGUCCUCCUGCGCAUCCCUGGGGUGGCUAGCAAGGUCCUACGUUCCCAAAAAGCUUUCCUGACCCAGCUGGAUGAGCUGCUAACUGAGCACAGGAUGACCUGGGACCCAGCCCAGCCACCCCGAGACCUGACUGAGGCCUUCCUGGCAGAGAUGGAGAAGGCCAAGGGGAACCCUGAGAGCAGCUUCAAUGAUGAGAACCUGCGCAUAGUGGUGGCUGACCUGUUCUCGGCUGGGAUGGUGACCACCUCGACCACGCUGGCCUGGGGCCUCCUGCUCAUGAUCCUACACCCGGAUGUGCAGCGCCGUGUCCAACAGGAGAUCGACGACGUGAUAGGGCAGGUGCGGCGACCAGAGAUGGGUGACCAGGCUCGCAUGCCCUACACCACUGCCGUGAUUCACGAGGUGCAGCGCUUUGGGGACAUCGUCCCCCUGGGUGUGACCCAUAUGACAUCCCGUGACAUCGAAGUACAGGGCUUCCACAUCCCUAAGGGGACGACACUCUUCACCAACCUGUCAUCGGUGCUGAAGGAUGAGGCCGUCUGGGAGAAGCCCUUCCGCUUCCACCCCGAACACUUCCUGGAUGCCCAGGGCCACUUUGUGAAGCCAGAGGCCUUCCUGCCUUUCUCAGCAGGCCGCCGCGCAUGCCUCGGGGAGCCCCUGGCCCGCAUGGAGCUCUUCCUCUUCUUCACCUGCCUGCUGCAGCGCUUCAGCUUCUCAGUGCCCGCCGGACAGCCCCGGCCCAGCCACCAUGGUGUCUUUGCUUUCCUGGUGACCCCAUCCCCCUACGAGCUUUGUGCUGUGCCCCGCUAGAAUGGGGUACCUAGUCCCCAGCCUGCUCCCUAGCCAGGGGCCCUGAUGUACAAUAAAGCAAUGUGGUAGUUCCAA